AGUGUGAGAGCGAUCGCAGAUGAUGCUGCUCGUUGGGGGAGAUGGUGCUGGUUCUGGCUUUCCUUCCUGUGCUACAAGAUUUCCCUCAGUAAGCGUUGACCUCAGCAUCCUGUCCCUUCAACACCUCACCUUCUCGGAGAGAGACAGAACGACAAAGAAGAGGGAACAGGGUGGUACGGGCAGAGGCUAUCAUGCAUGUGCUGUAACUGAGGACAAGACACAGCCGGACAAGAGGAGAAACAAGAAAGAAGCUGCAGACGUUGUUCCUUUAUUAUCCAGAACCAGCAACAAAGACAAAAGCAUCUAAAGCCGAGACUUGGCUUUUAUCAUUCCGAUGUGCCAGUGGCAUCACGUCGAGGGCGAAUACAAUGUCUGUUGCUGGAAAAAAGGAGUUUGACGUGAAGCAGAUCCUCAGGCUCCGUUGGCGCUGGUUUAGUCACAGCACCCAGAACCCUGCUGGGAACGGUGGCUAUAUCCAACAGGAAGGUUUUGACCACCGGGGAACACCAGUCCGGCUGAAGGGUCACUCCCGGGACAGGGGAGGACUUCGCAAGAGCAACAGCCCCGCGCACAGCAUUCUGGCUCCGAACCCAGGACCCACGCCAGUUUACGUCAGGCCGGGCAAUCAAUCAUGGCACCAGCAAAACAUCAUCCAGAACCUCCACGCAAGCGAGGAGCUCCCGAAGAGCGACUCACCUUGCAGUGCCAGGAAAGAGGAGGCGAAGAGUAGCCAUGAGGAUGUGAAAAACAAUCCAGAUGGUCCCUCCGAGGAGGAAGCCACAGACAGGCAUCAAAGUUAUUCAAGUAUUAAACAGACGGUUUCCUUCCUUGAACAAUACAAUGAGCAAAGGAAAGGCCUGUCAGAAAAUUCUGAAUGGAAUGUGACUUUCCUGGAUGCUGUAUGUUCUUCCUUUGUGGCUAAAAAGUGGCACACUACUGUACUAUACCAGAAUCUCCAUACUUUGAGGUUGGCUUUGAGCAGUUUCUCUAGAAUGAGCUCCAACUGCUCCGAUGAGUUUUUCCAGGCCACAAACCAUGCAGAACAGACCUUCCGAAAGAUGGAGACCUAUCUUCAGCACAAGCAGCUGUGUGAUGUUCUUUUGAUAGCUGGAGAUCACAAGAUCCCUGCACACAGACUCGUCCUGAGCGCAGUGUCAGACUACUUUGCUGCCAUGUUCACCAAUGAUGUGUUGGAGGCAAAACAAGAGGAAAUUAAAAUGGAGGGUGUUGAUCCGGAGGCGUUGAGAGCGCUGGUUCAUUUUGCAUAUACUGGAGUCCUGGAGCUGAAAGAGGAGACAAUUGAAAGUCUUUUAGCUGCUGCUUGUCUCCUCCAGCUCUCACAAGUCAUUCAGGUUUGCUGCAAUUUUUUGAUGAAACAACUGCACCCGUCUAACUGCCUGGGGAUCCGCUCAUUUGCUGAUGCUCAGGGAUGCAUGGAUCUUCUGAAUGUUGCUCACAACUACACUAUGGAACAUUUUUUAGAAGUCAUCCAGAACCAGGAGUUUCUGCUGUUACCAACCACAGAAAUAGGCAAGCUGUUGGCCAGUGAUGACAUCAAUGUUCCAGAUGAAGAAACUAUUUUCCAGGCACUCAUGAUGUGGGUUCGCUAUGAUGUGCAGCCCAGGCAGCAGGAUCUGGGAGUGUUACUGGCGUAUAUCCGACUCCCUCUUUUACCUCCUCAGCUUCUUGCUGAUCUGGAAAACAACAAGAUGUUUUCCGAGGACUUGGAAUGCCAGAAGCUCCUGAUGGAAGCUAUGAAGUACCAUCUUUUGCCAGAGCGCCGUCCCAUGUUGCAAAGCCCUAGAACCAAACCACGCAAAUCCACAGUUGGAUGUCUCUAUGCGGUUGGAGGGAUGGAUGCCUCAAAAGGAUCUACAACAAUAGAGAACUAUGACCUCCGUACGAACAGAUGGAUCCAAGUGGGCAUCAUGAAUGGGCGAAGACUUCAGUUUGGCGUGGCGGUGAUUGAUAACAAACUUUAUGUGGUUGGGGGCAGAGAUGGACUUAAGACCUCUAAUAUGGUGGAAUGCUACAACCCUAUCACUAAAGUCUGGUCCACUAUGCCUCCAAUGUCAACCCACAGACAUGGAUUAGGAAUCGCUGUGCUAGAGGGGCCUAUGUAUGCGGUGGGAGGUCAUGACGGAUGGAGCUAUUUAAACACAGUGGAAAGGUGGGACCCCCAGGCGAGGCAGUGGAAUUACGUGGCCAGUAUGUCCACCCCACGCAGCACUGUCGGCGUCACAGCUCUCAAUGGAAAGUUGUUUGCUGUAGGUGGUCGCGAUGGAAGCUCCUGCCUGCGAUCCAUGGAAUGUUUUGAUCCCCACACCAAUAAAUGGAGUAUGUGUGCACCAAUGUCAAAGAGGAGAGGAGGCGUGGGUGUUGCCACUUACAACAGUUUCCUGUAUGCGGUUGGAGGCCAUGAUGCACCCGCUUCAAGCCACUGCUCACGCCUCUCGGAUUGUGUGGAGAGGUACGACCCAAAAACAGACACAUGGACCACGGUGUCUUCCCUGAGCGUCCCUCGAGAUGCGGUGGGGGUGUGUCUGUUGGGAGACAGAUUGUAUGCGGUCGGAGGCUACGAUGGCCAGACCUACUUAAACAGCGUUGAGUCCUAUGAUGCACAGAACAGUGAAUGGACCGAGGAGGUCCCUCUAAACAUUGGAAGGGCUGGGGCGUGUGUGGUGGUGGUCAGACUGCCUUGAAGGCUCAGAUUCCUUGAGCUGAACUGCCCUCGAAGAACUCACACAACUGGAAUAGCAAAAUACACAUAGUUCAUCAAAGCUAUUGAGAACACUGGAUUCAUUGAAACUGAUUAUUCCUGCUUUGUUUAAAUAUUUCAGCACUACUGCAAACUGAAAAACAAAUGAGAAAAAUUAUGUGUACAAGAUUUUACUGUAAUGAAAUUUUAUGAGACAAUUUCAUAUUUUAUAUUGAGAGAAUUUUGACAUUUAUCCAAACAGACUUUUUUGAGUUGAACUUUAUCAUUUUAAUAUUUGCAUCUUGCUUACCUCGUCACACAUUUCUAUCUUUUAAAAAUAUGAAAAUCAACUGUAUUUUAAAGUCAGCGGUAUACUUGUUUACUUGUGACAUUUUGUGAAAAAAUUAUUUUGAUCUUAGAUAAACAAUUUUAAAAGACCACUGUGAAUACUUCCAGUUGUAAGCUUGCAACAAAACUUGUAACGCCUAAAAUAUUGUCAAUUUGUCAUGCACAAUUCUCAUCUGAAUACACAUUUUGUCUAAGACUAGGUUCAGCACCUUUGUAAGAACUUGUCUUUGAUGUAGAAAAAAAUGAAAAAAGCCAAAGUUAUUAGCACGUGUUUGUAAGUAACGACUUUUAAUUGUAAUACAGUUUACAGUAGAAAAGAUACUAUUAUAUCAUAUUGAUAUUUCACCAUAAUGUAAAGGUUUUGUAAUUUUUAUUGUAUAUAAUUUACGAUCAUAGCUUUUUGGCAUGCUUUAUGUCUGAAUGCCAUUUUAAAUAAUUUAAUCAUCAAAAUCAUUGCUUUUAUGAUGUACUGACGUUCAUGUUUCAUUUGGACCAUGCCAAAACUAAAAUAGGUUUACUGUCUCAUCACCUGUCUGACUUACUGGAAUGUAACAUGCUUAUCAGGUAUAUGUUUACUAGAAUGACACAUUUGCAAUACCUGUUCACUGAAACAUUUGUCUUUGUUUAUGGCAUGCAGAAAAAACUAGGAAAUAAAAUGAUUUUUGUCUUUUC